GGCAGCCCGGGGCAGCCGCCGUUUUCUUGCUGCUGGUGCCUUCCCGCCCGGUUUGUGUCGGACAAGGGGCGGGCCGGCGGAGCCCCCGACCCGAGAGACCAUGCCCCCCUCCAGCGGGCGGUGGCCGUUGUGCUUGCUGGUGGUCACCGGCGUGAUGGCCGGGCCACCCCCGGGCCGGGACUGCUCCGCGGAGAGGAUGGAAAACACCAUCAUCGAUAUCGACCUCUCCCUGCCCAAAGGCGUCCGGGGCGCGGAGCCCGUGUACGCCCCAGCCCCCGAGGCUUGUGUCCGCGCCUGCUGCUCGGGGGCAAAGAUCUCAGGAGACAAGAAGUGCAAUCUGAUGAUUUUUGAUGCUCGAAGGACAAGCGCACAUCCAAACUGCUACCUGUUUUACUGCCCUAGCACAGAGGCUUGCCCGAUGAAACCCGCAACAGGACUUGUGAGCUACAAGAUAACUAGAGAUACCCAUGCUCCAGAGGAUACAUCCUUCGGAAGUGAGUACUUUUCUUCGAAUGAGUAUUCUUUGUCUCCAGAUGCUGGAGCCUUUAUUUCUCACAGCCAGACUAGCCAUCGGAAUCGUACUGCUGCUUUGCAACAGUCUGUCUUUCAUCAGGCAUCUGAACUCCCAAACCACAUGGGCAAGCAUUCAGACAACACUGAAUUUCAUACAGUUUUUCCUGAAUAUCAAAGGGCAAAACAUCCUGAGAGCUUAGACCCCAUCCCAAAGCAGAAGGUAAUUGACCUGCCACAAAAUAUGUCUUCUGCUGAUCGAAAUGGAAACUCCUCUGUUUUGUUCCCUGCCACUCAGUCUAAUGCUCCUGAACCCAGCAGUACUACUCUCACUCCUCUGCCUACAAGUACCACCCAACUGGAAUCUCGUACAACCUCUCUGCAUCCUGGUGGUGCUAAACCUACUACUGUCACCACCACCAACAGAGCUACCUUUCCACCUACUGCGACUGCCAGAGCUAAACCUGGUAUCCCUGCCACCAGCAUUGCUGUUACUCAGGUUCCUCUUUCUAGUCCCACAACUUCUGCUUCUACUUCUACAACCAAGCGGGUGACCGCAACUUCAAGAUCUGCUGCUACCUCAUCAGGGCUAAGAACUCCAGCCAUCCCUCCUGAGCCAACAGUUGUGUCUUCCAACAUUACUAGCCAUGUAACCCUCUUCUCUUUUUCAGGUUUCACUCUGUUUGCUAGUCAUUCCCCCAUGUCUUCCCAAAACAACGCUCAGGGUUAUGACCCAUCUGAUUUAGAAAGCUACCUGCCGGAGAGCCCUCUGAGAGGGAGGAGUGCUGUUCAGCUGGGAGAAAAAAGCAGCCUUGUAGCGGCUUUGCUUUUUGGGGUGAUAUUCUUGUUGCUAGUUAUUGCACUGACUGGGAAGAAAAUACAUGAAUCUUUUCAGAAGAGGCAUUAUACCAGGCUAGAUUACUUGAUCAAUGGAAUGUAUGCUGACGUAUGAUAGGGAGAGGGAUAGGAUUGCGAGGAGCAUCUCUCAUCUUUGAGAAGACAACUCUGAAAUGGAACUGUAGAUAGUGAAAUCUCAGACGAGGAUGGAUUCCUGUUUUGGCCACGAACGCGAAAGUGGCAGAUGGCUUUGGUGGAGUAGAGAACUGCUCUUUCUACACUGAUUUUUUGAUUUAUGACUAAAUCCUGAAAAUAAACACUCAAAUCCAAGUUAAGCUAAGAAGGUCUUAUAUUUAAGGGGAAAAAGCAUUUCAAGAGCUUAAUCUGUACUAUGACGAGAUUAGUGGAAUAGAAGUACACCUAAUAAACUGAGUACCUGUGCAGUG